CGCACAGGAAGUUUGCACCGUAAACAAUUGCAGAAAUUUCGAACUAAAUAUUGAACAUUUAUCGUGUAAAAGUCUAAAUAGAUUUCAAUAUCAUGUAUGCUGAUCCAGAUUUUGAUGAUCUAGAUAGUAAUGAGUUCACUGACAAAGAUUGUUCCGAUGAAGACACUGAGGAUGCCAGCGAAACAGACGUGGCUAAACAGGAAACCCAAUAUACAGAAAUUAAAGAACAGAUGUACCAAGAUAAGCUGGCAUUUUUAAAGAAGCAGCUCAAGCAACUGGAGGACGGAACGUUACCCGAGUUUUUGAAGCGUAACAAGAAAAUCGACCAGCAAUAUAGAGAGAGGCUUAAACUUAUGGAAGUAUUCAAAGAGUAUGAGCUGGAAGUUAUUGAAAGAGAAUACAAAAAGGAGAAGAAACUGUCAGCAAAAGAUUUUGAGGAGAAGAAAAUUGACUUGAAGGAAAGUUUGAUAGCUGAUCUAGAGGAGAAGAAGAGGAGUAUUGAGUCUGAAAGAAGCCAACUAGAGCUGACCGGCGGUCAUUGUAACUUCUUGCUGUCCACUUCACUUGAUACAGUGGAAGUUAAACCAAUUUCAACGAGGAAAUUAAGACGGCGUCCCAACGAGCCUGUACCGAUACCUGAGAAAAGACGGAAACCUUCUCCUGAUAUACUCUCUCAGAUCAGUUUCUGUUUAGACGAGAGCGAGAUAAUGGAUGAUCUUAGGAUUAUCAACAAAGUUGGUGGAAAACCUCUUGGUCGUAAACCCAUACCCACCAUAGGACCAUUUGACAUUGUUGCAGACGUUAAAAUUGACGAUGGGCGAUUAUAUUAUGACAAGAGAUGGUUCCAUAGGAAUCAGCCAGUGUUUGUUGAAUGUAAGGAAACAGGCAAGUUCAGUGGAGUAAUUACAGCUAUAGGUACUCAAGAGAUCUGGAUCAGGAAAACAACAGAUAGUAGCAAGAUUAAGGUGUAUCUUCAUCAACUUCAGAAGGGAAAAUUUGUUCUGCGACGUAAACAGACGUGACAUCAGGCUGAUUUUUUCUGACAUUUUCAUAUCGCAAUAUGAGCCGUGUUAUGACAAAACCAACAUAGUGGGUUUGCCACCAGCAUGGAUCCAGACUAGCCUGCGCAUCCUCGCAGUCUGAUCAGGAUCCAUGCUGUAGGCUAUCAGUUUUCUACUUGUUAUAGGGUUUGUAAGCGAACAGCAUGGAUCUUGAUCAGACUGCGCGGAUGCACAGGCUGGUCUGGAUCCAUGCUGGUCGCAAACCCACUAUGUUGGUUUUGUCAUGACGCGGCUCAUAUGAUUUCCACAUUGUUUCCACAAUUUUUUUUGGCAUAUUUCAUCUUCAUUACACACUUUUCAUAUUCCAUCACCAUUAUACACAUACAAUGUAAACAUUACACAUUACCAUAUGACAUAUUAUUUCUAAUGACAUAAAAUUCUGCCAUUACACAUUAUGACAUACUAAGAAUACACAUCUUGCAUAAAACUCAGAGACAUGUUUAUGUUGACAUAGUGUCUUUUCAUUACACAGUAUUUAAUACACAUCAUACUUUCCAAAUACACAAGUUCCUUAUGUCAUUAGAUAUUUUCAUUACACAACACAAUAUUUGUCGCAUACAUUUAUACAUAAUGGAUACAUUGUAUUAAAGACGUUUUAGGGAGUUUUCAUAAUGACAUAUAAAAAGAAUUAACAAAGUCAAAUUCAGGGGCAGAUGACUCAAAAACGGUGACAAACAUCCCCCCCCCCUAAAAAUUUUUUUCGCUUUAAAUGUUUUUGUUAUCAUAUUUUAA